UUUCCCUUCCUACGCCGCCGGCCUCCUCUCGCCGGCUUCCGGCUAGCAUAUGUGGACGGGCUCCCCGUACUCCUUCGCCGUCCUCGAACGCCUCCUCCAAGAUCACUUCUCCGCCCCUCGCCGCCUCCUCCAGGUCCAUGCCCUCCUCCUCACCUCCGGCGCGCUCUCCACCUCCCACGCUGCCGCCACCUUCCCCUACAACUGCCUCAUCCAUGCCCACCUCCGCCUCCCCGCUUCCACCGUUACCCCGCUAUGCGGCCCCCUCCGCCUCUUCUCGACCAUGCUCGCCGCCGGCGCGCGCCCCAACGGCCACACGUUCCCUUCCCUCCUCAGGUCCGCCUCCGCCUCCGGACCAGCCACCAGGGCCCUCCACGCGCAGUGCCUCCGCCGCGGGCUUACGGCCGACCGCUUCGUUGCAUGCUCGCUCGUCAGCUCCUAUGGCCGAGCUGGCCGUCUCGCGCAUGACGCUUCUAAGGUGUUUGACGAAAUGGCCAGCCCGGAUCUCGCCUCCUCUAACGCCAUGCUUGAUGUGCUGUGUCUCGCUGGGGACGUGGCUGCGGCUAGAGUGUUCUUUGAGCGGAUGGUGGUGAGGGAUGUGGUAUCAUGGACGACGCUCAUCUCUGGGUUAUCGAGGAAUGGGUGCCACUGGGAUGCUGUCGAGAUCUUCAGGGGAUUUUUGGUGGACAACAGGGGACUGCUCGGUGAGGCCACGUUGGUCAGCGUGCUCUCGGCUUGUGCAAACUUGGAUGGUGCUGAGGGGCUUGUGGUCGGGACGGCUGUUCACGCUUAUGUCGUUCGCCAUGAGGUUGACCUCACAGCGUUCUUGGGCACGGCGUUGAUCGACAUGUAUGGGAAGUAUGGGAAGCUUGACUGUUGUAGGAGAGCUUUUCAUGCUGUAUCUGAGAAGGAGGUCUGUACGUGGAAUGCGCUGCUGUCUGCACUGGCUAAUCAUGGGAAAGAGACUGAAGCACUGGUUAAGCUCAACAUGAUGAUAGUUGGAGGGUUCUUGCCAAAUCAGAUUACAUUUCUUGCUCUACUGACAGGUUGUGCUCGAGCAGGAUUGGUGGAGAUUGGGUUAUACUGGUUCGAGACGAUGGUGACUGAAUACAAGGUGACUCCGAUGAUGGCCCAUUAUGGAUGUGUUGUGGACCUGUUAGGCCGUGCUGGCCGUUUCAUGGAGGCCAUUGAGAGGAUAGAGCGGAUGCCCUUUUUGCCUGAUGCUUCUGUGUGGGGCGCGCUUCUUGGUGCUUGCAAGCUCCAUGGAAAUGUGGAGCUUGUUGCUGAGAUUGGGCGAAAUCUAGUGGCUCUUGGUCCUCAGCAAUCCGACCGGUAUGUGACUAUCAGGAAUAUUUAUCUAGAAAAUGGGAAUUGGUGUGCUGCGACGAGAAUGGGUGAGGUGAUGCAUGACGCCGGGAUCAAGAAGACAGCAGGACAAAGUAGUGUUGUGUUUGACAGCUCUGCCAUUACUUGACUAGAGUUUGUUUGUUGCAAAUAUUGCUCUUCUGGGACUACCGUUUGUUUCUCAUGACUUGUACCCUUAGGAAAAUACUAACCCACAUCUUGUUCAAGCUUAUAACAAAUAUUUGACGUAA